GAUUUACUCUUUCAUCAGUUGAAGCGUCUAUUGGAAUCAGCGAGACGGAUCAUUCUGUCAACAUUAUCAGAAAUAUCUUUGUAGAUUCAACUCACACUCCCAUAUAUUGGCCAUGGUCGACAUCAGUGUAUCAAACAUUGGUGUAAAUCAUUAUUUGCACCUGUGUGAUAUAAGCGCCGUCUAGCCGCGGACUUAUAAGGACUUUAUUGACUCAUACGACCAUAAUUUGAACUUACAUAAUACGCAUAUCUGGCUGCAUCUCUUCGUCUAAAUAUGGAACUUGAUAUGUCUCCAUCGACGUCUACACAGCCAGUUACUGCAGCCAUCUGGUCCUGGGAGCCGCAAUUACUUCACCUGUGGAGAUUGCAAACAAUGGACAGAUUGGAAAGGAUGGUGAGCAUUAGGGCAUUGUACGUGGAGAUGCAGACGUCGAAGCAUUUCAAGGACUAGGUCACAUGUUCAUCGGAGCUUCUUCUCAAGUACUCUCGCUCGCUUCUUUAGUGAACUCAAAUUUCUCCGCCUAGGCACCUGACCAUGGAAAUCGUGCAUGACAUUCCCGUCUGAUUAUGUGCCAAUAUCCAGGUUUGUCUUGGAGCUUGAGACUAGGAGCGGGGUUGGAAUAAUGACUAAGAGCGAUAAUUUGAAUCCCAUAUGCUACGAAAGAGGGUGUCAUGUUGCAAAUUGAGCUGUACAAAUAGAAUGCAGCUAAAGACGUCUUAUUUAACUGAUGUAUGGCCAAGCUCGGACAAUUCCAUCAGAGGUUAUAUCUAGUUACUGAAUCCAUAUCAAAUUCGAGUGCAUUUAGAGAGACAGAGACAAAGUCACGAGCUUCUAGCAAUUGACUACUCAAUCAUUCAUUCCACUGACUCAUGAGGGCUUGACAUUAUGAAUCAGGGCGUCUAGGCUGGCUUGAUCAGUAUGCAUAGCAUCGAUGCCUAAAGUCCUGAUCUGUGCACGGGCAACAGGUCUGCCGUAGUUGAUGGAAUAAUGUCGAUGUUUUAAAGCUUCCAUGUGUGGUUUCAGGUGUGGCUUUCAGGAUACGAGAUUAAUGAACAUGAAGCUGACUUUAACUAACUGCAUCGUUGUUACCCGUUUUAUAUGUUAAUAGGUCAGCCUGCUGAUUCAAGUUGUGGCUCACAAUCUGGAUGCGAUCGAAGUAGGGAAAAAGGCUGGCUCAGGGAAUCCACAGCUAUCUACUUACAGCACUUGGGAUAUCUGCAAGUUGAUCAUUGACUGGCACUACUCAAGGAGUAGCUCGCACAUUCUGCACCUACAGCAUCAAACUUGAAGGGCAGCAGCAGUAGUUAUCAUUUAAAAUAUAAUGGAGGAGGGUCAUGUUAUGCCGGGCGUCAGUGCUGCGAGGGCAGAGAGGCUACUGGUGCUGUGUGCCACGGCCAUCCAGAACCAAAAUGCUCCAGUUGUGCAACAAGCUGUUCAAGCGCUCCAGAGCAUUUCCUCUAUAGAUGGUGAGCCGAACGAGAGGGUCACCGCCUACUUCUUGCGGGCUCUGAGCAUUAGGGCAGGUGGGUUGCUGCAAGGACAACUAGAUGAAGACCCCACGGGUCACUUGGAUCACCCUCAUCAAGUACAAUGGGGAGAUAGAAGGCUCGGCUUCAACGAACUCACGAAUCUCGUGGACAUGACCCCAUAUUAUCGUUUCGGUUACAUGGCAGCCAAUGGCGCAAUUUUAGAAGCGUUGGAGGGUGUCGAUCGAGUGCACAUCAUAGACUUCUCCACCUCGCAUUGCAUGCAGUGGCCAACAUUGAUCGAUGCUUUGGCAGAUCGCAUGGGCGGUCCACCCCACGUCCGCCUUACAGUCGCCAGCGGAUCGCUUCCCACGCCACCCCGACUACAACCAACUUACGAAGAAGUUGGGCAUCGUCUGGCUCUCUGGGCGGGGGAGAAAAAAGUCCCAUUUGAGUUUCGUAUCCUCUCAAGGCCUCUGGAAAGGCUCCGCACCAAGGACAUUGACCUGCGUGACGGAGAAUCCCUUGCUGUCAAUUGCAGCCUCAGGCUGCACUACCUCGCAGACGAGUCCGCAGGAUUCGUAAGUGAAGCUUCAUCUGAAACCAUUUUCAGUCCACGCGACAAGUUUUUGCAGCUGAUCAGGGGCUUGAAUCCCACUGUGGUGACAUUGUACGAGGAAGAUUGUAACACUACCUCGGUGGACCUCGUCACCCGCUUGAAGGAAGCGUACAACCACGAGUGGAUAUCAUUUGACUACCUUGCCACAUACUCUCAGAACGGGAGCCACGGUAGGCUUGAGCUUGAGAGAGCCGUGGGCCAAAAGAUAGAAAACAUCAUUGCGUGUGAGAAUUUUCAUCGUAUUGAGCGCUUGGAGUCGAAAAGCCAGUGGGCCCAGCGCAUGCAGAGGCUAAACUUCCGCGCUCUUCCUGUCAGUGAGGACGUGGUUGCGGCAUUGCGAGAGAUGGUCGGUGAUUAUGCUGUGGGUUGGGGGAUGAAGCUUGACGAAGACGACGUUCAGGUCCUUUCAUGGAAGGGCCACAGCCUUGCGUUUGCCUCUUCGUGGGUGCCCUAUGAGACACCUUCAAAGUUAGCCUAAUUGUAACGCAUCAUCUUUGUGCAGCUAGAAAUAAGUUAAUUAGAGUUACUGAAUUAGAUGCACUCGCUCAGGUGUUAGGUGGUUUCCUGGAGUGCUUGUUCUUAUAAUCGCGAUCUUGGUAGCCGUUUUUCGGGGAUAUGAUGCACAAGUUUACAAUUCCCUUCAGCUCAAGCCACCUGGGUGUUGGGAUGUCGUGAGCAAGUCGACACAUUUUUACACAAGCUUGGCUGUGGCCACAAGCUUCGUUAUUUAAUCCGUGGAAGUUUGAGCUACCAGUACGUUUCAUUCAAUUCAAGCCCCUCCAUUGGGUGUUUCAAUUGAGUCUUUCAGACCAAUCGGCGACAUCAGGGAUUCUUAUCAAUUUAUCACGCCGCCUGUAAGAUAAAUUUUCAUUUGAUUUUAGGGCCUAAUGUCAAAAAUGAUAGACAAUCUAGAGAGGACACGGAAAGGGCUUCCAUUCCGUCAAAAAGUUAGACCCAUGCAAGACUAGCGGUGGCUUUCGGAGGUUUUCCAGCAUUUUCACAAACUAGCUUUUCUUCUUUGCCUCUCAGAAACUGGUUUGUGAGUCUUCAGCUACGAGUAAACCUCGUGUCUUUCGUUCUAGUAACCGCAAAAGAAAAGUGACUAUGUAAUAAUACUGCCCUGGCUACAGAGCUUCUCAAGGUA